AUGUCAGCUGUUUUGACAGGUAGUUUUAUCAUUUUUGGGUUGAACUUACUCAUCAGGUUUUACAGUGCUUUGUCUGUGUUUUCUCUCUCUGGUUCAGGGAAGUGUGAGGACAGCUUGGCUACUCCUCUCCCCUACAGCUCAUUCACCAGUUCAUCAGUGUAUGGCCGGGCGUAUGGAGCUGGUUACGCCAAACUCAAUCGGAAACAAGGUGCUGGAGGUUGGUCGCCCCUGGAUACAGACCGUUACCAGUGGUUACAGGUGGACCUGGGUUCUAGGAAGCAGGUGGUCGCCAUAGUGACACAAGGUCGCUACAGUAGCUCAGAUUGGACCAGCAAGUAUCGGUUGCUUUACAGUGACACGCAGAAAAACUGGAGGCCUUACCUACAGGAUGGAAACAUCUGGACAUUUGACGGGAACGUGAACAGUGAGGGUGUGGUCCGCCAUGAGCUGCAGCACGCCAUCCUGGCUCGCUACAUCCGCUUCAUCCCAUUGGACUGGAACAAGGAUGGACGCAUUGGAGUACGCCUGGAGCUCUACGGCUGCUCCUACUGGGCAGAUGUGAUCAGUUUUGACGGCCACGGCGUUAUCUCCUACCGCUUGAGGAGUAAGAAGAUGAAGAUUGUGAAGGAUGUCAUCUUUCUGAAGUUUAGAACCACGACUGGAGAUGGGGUCCUGCUCCAUGGAGAGGGACAGCAGGGAGACUACAUAUCCCUGGAGCUCCGGAGGGCAAGACUACAGCUCAGCAUCAACUUAGGGAGUAACCAGUAUGGCUCCAUUCAGGGUCACACCUCUGUGACCAGUGGGAGCUUAUUGGAUGAUGACCACUGGCACUCAGUUGUCAUAGAGCGUUACCGAAGGAAUGUCAACUUCACUCUGGACCACCACACUCAGCAGUUCAGGACCAAUGGAGAGUUUGACCACUUGGACCUGGACUAUGAGAUCAGUUUUGGAGGGCUGCCUGUAUCAGUGAAGCCGAGCUCAAGGCGCAGAAGGAGAACUUUGGGGGCUUGCAUGGAGGGAAUCACCUACAAUGGAGACAACAUCACUUACUUGGUCCGCAGGAAGAAGGUGGACACCUCCAGCUUUCGUAACCUCACAUUCUCGUGCACUGAGUCCAGCUCAUUCUCUGUCUUCUUCAACUCCACGUCCUUCCUGCAGCUGCCGGGUCAGAGCGACAGCGACACUCUGUCUGUCAGUCUGUCUUUCAGGACGUGGAACCCCAACGGGCUGCUGCUGUUCACGGCGCUGGCAGAUGGCUGGGUGGAGGUGGCACUGACAGAGGGCAAGAUCACUGUCUACAUGAAUGUGACACAGAAGAAGAACACACGCAUUGACAUCUCAUCAGGUUCAGGACUGAAUGAUGGCCAGUGGCACAGUGUCCAUUUGAAUGCACUGGAAAACUAUGCUAUGCUGACAGUGGAUGGAGAUGAAGCAUCCACAGUUCGAACAGCCAUCCCCAUCCAGAUCCAGACCGGGGGAACCUACUACUUUGGAGGCUACUUCCUGCACACAAACACCCGGUCACUUCAGCGCUCCUUCCAGGGAUGCAUGCAAAUGAUCCAUGUAGACGACCAUCUAGCUGACCUCAGGGCUUUGGAGCAGGGUCUCAUUGGAACCUUUGAAAAUGUCAGCCUGGAUAUGUGUGCCAUCGUAGACAGGUGUGUUCCUAACCACUGCGAGCACGGUGGUCGCUGUUCUCAGACGUGGGAUACGUUCAGCUGCAACUGUACUGGCACUGGAUACACUGGAGCUACCUGCCAUACCUCAAUGUAUCAGCAGUCCUGUGAGGAGUACAAGCACCAAGGGAAGAGCUCAGGCAGUUACUGGAUCGACCCUGAUGGCAGUGGGUCUCUUGCCCCCUUCAGGGUGAACUGUGACAUGACAGGGGAAAAGGUUUGGACUACACUGAAGAACAACCUGUCUCCUCAGACAUCAGUCAACAGUGCAGACCAGGAGGGCAAGGCAGUGCUGCAGAUCAAUUACAAUGUGACCGAUGAACAGGUGUUGUCAGUCACCAGCAGUGCAGAAUACUGUGAACAGUAUGUAGCCUACGCCUGCAGAAUGUCUCGUCUGCUCAACACUCCAGAUGGCGUCCCGUUUACCUGGUGGGUAGGAAGAGCCAAUGAGAGGCAUUCUUACUGGGGGGGCUCCGGACCAGGGAUACAGAAGUGUUCCUGUGGUAUCGAACACAACUGUACUGACCCCAGACACUUCUGUAACUGUGACGCUGACCUGCGUGCCUGGAAGGAGGAUGCGGGCCUGUUGGUGUAUAAAGACCAUUUGCCAGUCAGUCAGGUUGUUGUUGGUGAUACGAGCAGAGCUGGAUCUGAGGCCAAGCUGACAAUAGGUCCACUGAAAUGCCAGGGGGACCGUAACUACUGGAACGCAGCCUCCUUCAGCAGUCCCGCCUCCUACCUCCACUUCCCCUCCUUCAGAGGAGAAACAAGCACUGACAUCUCCUUCUACUUUAAGACUUCCUCCACUCAUGGAGUCUUUUUGGAGAACCUGGGAACCACUGACUUCCUUCACAUUGAACUCAGAGGAGGCUCGGUGGUUUCCUUCUCUUUCGACAUGGGCAGUGAGCGGAUGGAGCUCAGCAUCCACUCGCCGGCGCCUCUGAACGAUGACCAAUGGCAUCGCGUGGAGGCUGAGAAAAACAUCAAAGAGGCAGUGCUGCAGCUUAAUGGACAGUACAGGGAGGUCCGACCGAUCCCCCCACAGGGACACACAAAACUGGAGUUCUACAGUGAGCUAUAUGUUGGAGCCUCAAGUGGUCAGAGGGGUUUCCUGGGCUGCAUGCGGGCUCUGAAGGUCAAUGGUAUGACCUUUGACCUGGAGGGGAGGGCAAAAGGGACUCAGGGGGUGAACCCAGGCUGCCAGGGCCAUUGCAGCAGCUAUGCGAUGCACUGCAGGAACGGAGGGAAGUGUUUGGAGAAGUACAAUGGAUACUCCUGUGACUGCUCCCUCACUGCUUAUGACGGACCCUUCUGCACUGAUGAUGUAGGUGGCUACUUUGAGACAGGAACCCUGGUGCGUUAUGACUUCCUGCCAGAGGCGGGAGCUUUUGCAUUACGGGAGGAGAAGAGCCUGUCAGGUGUUGGUGUUCCUAGCGAGACCAACCUGACUCAGGAGGAACUGGUGUUCAGCUUCAGCACCUCCAGUGCUCCAAGCAUCCUGGUCUACAUCAGCUCCAGGACUCAGGACUACUUGGCUGUGGUGCUGAGGCACAAUGGCACUCUCCAGAUCCGCUACAGUCUUGGGGGGCUAGCAGAACCUUACACCAUAGAUGUUGACCAUCGUAAUAUGGCCAAUGGACAGCCACACUCUAUCAACAUAACGAGGAACUUAAGGGAGAUCCGAAUACAGCUGGACCACUACCCAGUGUCCACAUACACUCUCCCUGAGGACUCUGACACCCAGUUCAACUUGGUCAAAAGUAUCUUCCUCGGAAAGGUCUUUGAAACAGGACAGAUUGACCCCAUCCUCAUCGAGCGCUACAACACACCGGGCUUUGUGGGCUGUCUGUCAAGAGUUCAGCUAAACAGUGUGGCACCAUUGAAAGCUGCGCUGCGCUCGGGCCUGGCUGCACCCAUCAGCACCCAUGGGAUUCUGGUCCCAUCCAACUGUGGAGCCUCACCCCUGACCAUUUCCCCCAUGGCCUCGGCUAGUGACCCUUGGCACAUCGAAGCUGCUGGAGCUGUUUUUCCCUUCAACGAGGACAAGGCCAGUGAGGAUGGAGUAGAUCGCAACUCUGCCAUAAUUGGAGGAGAUGUGGAAAGCGUUCUUCACUUUUACCAUGAGAACAAGUGGACAGGGCUGUUUUCAGAUUUCCCACCCUUCCAGAUGUUGUAG